CUUAACAUUCGCACCAUCCUUCGUCGGAAAAGCCUCUCUCUCUCUCUCUCUCUCCGGCCAACGCUAGAGUUUCUCAGCGAGGAUGUCAGACGCCAACAACACGCGCGUCGCAGUACGAGCGCUGAUGACGGCCGUAUCCACCACACCGGUGCGGCCAGGAAAGACGCAUCCGCUGUCCGCAAUGGAUCACCUGAUGGGGGUCCACCACCUCCGGAUGGUAUACUACUACCGGUCCGACGCGUCGGUCGAGAUGGAGAAGCUGAAGGAGUCUCUGUCGGACAUGCUGUCGCACUACCCAGUCCUCACGGGCCGUUUGAGGAGAGCCGAGGGCGGAAACUGGGAGGUGAAGUGCUCUGAUGCUGGGGUCAGGUUCCUGGAAGCUACGGUGGAUGCCACCCUUGAUGAGUGGCUGAGAUCGGCACACGCGUCCGAGGAGAAAGACCUGACGCACUGGGAAAAGAUGCCUGAGGAUCCGUACAUCUGGUCUCCCUUCCAUAUCAAGAUCAACGAGUUUGAAGGUGGGGGGAUAGCUAUCGGCCUAAGCUGCACCCACAUUCUUUCUGACCCCACAUGUGCUACACUUCUUGUCAAGGCAUGGAGUGAUGUGCAUCGAGGCUCCACCAUCGCCUACCCUCCCUUCUUCCACCCACCAGGACUACGAGGCCGAGACGCUCCCAACACUGACACAAAAUCUGCCAAGUUUUAUGCAUCCAAGUCAAAAGCAAAACCUCCAGCCCCAGUGAAAAUGUCGACUGCAACGUUCAGGUUCUCAGAUGCAAUGGUCAAGAAACACCUCUCAGAGAUCCAUGCCGAGUGUCCCGAUGCCACCCCAUUCGACAUGCUCGCUGCAUUGUUCUGGUCACGUGUAAUGCAUGCGAAGUCACCUAUGCACGUCGAAACUCACUCCCUCUCAAUAUGCAUCGACUUCAGGAAGCUUAUGCAUGCUCCGCUUCCGCAUGGCUACUUUGGCAAUGCAUUGCAUUUUUCAGGUGUUUCCUCCACUGCGGCAGAGAUGGAGGAAGGUGGACUAGGAUUCGUCGCAGGGCUCAUACACCGCCAUGUGUCGGGCCUCGAGGAAGAAGAGUACUGGUCUGCCAUCAAUUGGGUGGAGUCUCAAAAGGACGAGGGUGGCAGGUUUGCACCACCCUUUACGAUGUAUGGGCCGGAGCUAACUUGUGCCAACAUGGAGCAUGUGUUUGCUUACAGUGCCAUGUUUGCGAAGGAUGUGAAACCGGUGCAUGUGGCGUACCAUGUGGGGAACGUGGAGGGAGAUGGGCUGAUUUUGGUGCUACCGUCGCCGGAAGAGGGGCUUGGACGGACGGUGACGGUGACAUUGCCUGUGGAGCAGACGGCGAAGUUAUUGAACGAUGAGGCUAUCUUGUGCCUGAAACCAGCCGUGCUUUUUAGCGGGAAAGCAUAAACUGCUUGAAUUAACUCAGCAUUGAACAAGUCUAUUUAAACAAGAUUUCUCCUGGAAUAUAAUGAAUAGAUGGUGAAAAAGUUGGAAUUUCUCCUCUCCUCUCUCUUUUCUUUUCUCUUCUUCUUCUUCUUCUUCUUCUUCUCUUAAAAUUCUCUCUAUUUUGGCUGGCUUUCAUUUGUUCUGUUUGCAGGUGACCAAAAUUAAUUAUAUCAAUUUGUUAUGGCUGCUUAUGGUUGAAAAUAAUUGUGUUAUAUGUU